CGUCAUUUUCUACCGUUGCCAAGAGCAACAGAAAGAAGCUUGAUACGGGGAUUUUCAAAUAUGGCGUCUCGCAUAAACUAAACUGAGCACUUGCUUGAUCUUGUGUAAAUUAGGUUCUUCUUCAAUAAAUACAUUUAAAACACAGUGAUGGACGAUACAUCAGAAAAGGAGAAAAAGUCAGCAGAACAAAAUGAAAAAGAUCAGGAUACUACUGGGAAGAAAACGCCCAAAUCGGGUAAACCUGGAAGUGGGAAAAGGGUAUCCAGUGGUCAGAAAAGUCCCAAAGGUGGUAAAACAGAGAAGGGAAGAGCCACACCUUCUAAAGGGAAUGUGAAGCCAAAACAAGCUGAGGAGAAGAAGACAGAAGAAGCUACCGAGGAGGAGGGAGAAGAAGGUCUUCCCGAGGGAGUUGUGGCUCUCUUUCUCUCCUCUAAGACUCAGGAGAUUUUCCACUGCCGGGCUGACCAAGAUGUCACGGAAGAAAAUCCGAUCAAAAUUAUCACCAAGCAGGAAAUUCUGGACGACAUGCGUAACAGGGCUGCCGUCUGUGACUUCCACCCCAUCAAACAGGAAAUUAUUGAUUACCCUACAGAUGAGAUUUUGGUGGUGUAUGACUUUGACUUCAAGUUCGGACAGAAUUUCUACUGUGCCAUCACUGAGGAAGCCAAGGAGAAAAUACUUAAUCCCCAGGGACCGGACGGUGGGGAGGGAGGGGCCCAGGAAGAGGAGGUAAUCUACACAUACAUACCCCCCGAACCGAAAGAUUGGGUGUCACUGGGCAGCGAGAAAGAAAUCAAGGAGGAGAGUGUCAUAGAAAACAGACGAAGGAUUAAGGUAUCAGUUAAGAGGGUUCGUAAGGAGUUUGGAGCACCUUACAAAUUCAAAGAUCGCAAUGUGGCAGACGCCAAGGACGGCUGUAUUGAUUGUGCUUCAUUUGACGACCGAACAUUUGACCUUAAGAAAAUGGAAUUGGAAAAAAGUAUUCAGUCUAUCCCUGAGUGUGUGGACCAGGGGACCCAGACAGACUGGAAGUACCCCCGUAAUAACUGUACCCAGUACCAACCCCGGGAAUUCUCACAGAAGGAGAAGGAGCAGUUAGAAAAUUCCAAAAACCUUCAGACCUCUGUAGAGUCCGUCACACAAAGAUUUAAGCUGGCCCUGCAACAGAAUGAGAUUAUGGACGUGUUCUACAUUGACUGGCUCCAUCUUGGUGAUGCUGAGGGGAACUUUGGUAACAAGUCAGACAACCACCUUAAGGAGUACCAGUCAUUUACAGAUCUACAGUUUAGUAAAGAGAAGAGUAUUACUUGUAUACAGUGGCACCCCACCAUUAAAGGAGUUGUGGCAGUCUCAGUGGCAGAGAAGAUGACCUUUGACGAGAGAAUUGACUCGGCAGCCAAAGUCAUUAUGACACCGUCCCUGAUUCUUAUCUGGAGUUUUACAGACCCCAUACAUCCUCAGUUGCUGCUUGAGGCCCCAGAUGAUAUCUACAGUUUUCAGUUCAGUCCGUCGGAUCCUAACAUUAUCUGUGGUGGAUGUUACAAUGGUCAGGUGGUUCUGUGGGACAUCUCUGCCCACGCGGACCGCCUUAAACAGCCUCGAGGUGGGAACAGGAACAAAAAAUCUAAUGUUCUGCCUGGAUUUGAGGACCCAAAUGCCCUGAAAACUCCAAUAGUGAGAUACUGUGCUGUGUCUAGUAUAGAGAACAGUCACAGGGCAGCCAUCACAGACAUACAGUGGGUUCCUGAUCACAUGGAGGUGAACAGAAUGGGAGUUCCCCAGGAGAAUAAAUCCAUGCAGUCCUGUCAGAUCAUGACGUGUGCCGCGGAUUACAGCAUCCUGUUCUGGGAUACGAGGCCCCCUAAAGGACCAGGACAGCUCAACAUCGCCACCAAAUCAGACAAAACGGACAAAUCUCAAAUGGGGGUUCCUACAACUUUCAAACACCUAGAUCUCUCCUGGAAGCCAAUGCUGAAGGUCCAUCUUCACAAAUCAGAACCAGGGGGUGACCACGCCCCCAUGAAGUUCUCUAUACAGGAGAAGCAGGGGGACAGGAAAGCUCUGUCCAAGGCCACAGAUGCCACCGACAUGAGUCGUGAGAACGCUAUGGGCGGUGGUUAUUACACGAAGCCCGGGUCUGGCAAAGACAAGAGGACUCUGCAGAGCGUCAAGACUCAUUUCUACGUGGGGACAGAGGAUGGAGAAGUUGUGUAUGUGGACUGGAUGCCAGUGAAAGACCAGGAUACAGGGAAAAUUGUCACACCUAAGCCUGAUUUCUACCAUGCGAUCCAUGACGGCCCAGUCAACACGGUUCAGCGAUCACCAUUUUUCAGUGACAUCAUUCUGUGUGUAGGAGGAUGGACAUUCACAAUCUGGAAGGAGGGCGUAACGACUGGGCCCAUCCUACAGUCUAAUGCUAAUCCCGUCAAGAUGAUGGCAGGUCACUGGUCUCCGUCGAGACCCUCGGUGUUCUACAUCGCUAAACACGACGGAAGUGUGGACGUAUGGGAUCUCCUGGAUAAAACACACGAACCAACGCUGACGCAAAGCGUGUCACCGACUCUGAUUACUCAGCUGUUCCCCUUCCAAAUCUCACAGAAGCAGCAUUUGCUGGCUGUGGGUGACAAUGCGGGGACGUUACACAUCCUGGAAAUCCCCUGGAGUCUGCGACAACCCACUCCUAAUGAGAUGACGGGAAUCUCUAACUACUUUGAGCGUGAGGUGAAGAGGCGUGCCUUUGUUGUGAUGAGGUGGGACUUCAGAGAGAACGAGAAAAGAGAACUGGAGCAGGAACAAAAAAGGAAAGCUGGGAUUGCCCCUAACGUGGUGCUGACUGAUGAGGAAGUAGAAUACCGACUGAAGCAGGAGUACCAGAGUUAUCUGGACGAGGAGGCCGCCUUCCUCCGCGAACUCGGGCUCCUGAAGGAGGAGGAUGAGCCACUCCCCGAGACGUGAUUCCCCAGGCGCGAAACCAAGCCCGACCCCGAGACGUGACCCUCAGCACUCGUAAACUAAACAUUCCAAGCUGUGAUAUUGAUAAAUGAUACUGUUGAAAACUUAGUUCUCUUGGAGGAUCUGUGUAUUUAUGAGGACUCUGUACUGUUACAGAUUUAAAUUACAAUUAUUGCUGAUGGUACUUUUUUCUACCAAAUGUAUAGUUAUUGACAUUGUCAGUCUACUAUUAAUGUAUUUUAUUUUUAAUUUAUUCACUUUUUUGACUCCAGCCAUUUGCAAAUAUGUGCUUUGGAAAAAUCUGUUUAUUAUUGUUUUGAUUGAUAAUAAAUUACGUAACUGCUU